AAUUACCGCCCUCUCUCCCGUUUCCACCGAUUUGUUUCUUUGCUUCCCCCCUUUCCCCCGGAUUGUCAAUGGUGAUAUAGUCGCGCUCGAGAGCAUCAAUUCGUGCUUUCGUCGUUCGUUACUUUCCAUUCCACACCACCGCUUCACUCCUUUAGCGGGCAUUCGUUACCCAGGACGCCAGGACAACAACAAAAACAAAGAAAACCCGACUUUAUUUCUAAUCGGUGCAUUCGGAAUUCAAGAUGAAGGCAACUGUUGUGGCCGCUGCUGCGGCGAUCCUCGCCGGUGGCGCCAGCGCCAGCCGUGCCCAUGGCCACCGCCACGCGCACGCUCUGUUCGAGAAGAGGGGCGAGGCCGCCGACGAGGUCUGCACUCCGGGCUGCAGCACCAUCUACUCCACCAUCACCGGUGAAAUCACCCUCCUCCCUCCCGCCCCCACGAGCACCUCGGUCGCACCCGAGCCCACCACGACCGGCCCCAUCACGGUGCCCACGCCGAUCCCCCAGACCUGCCCGACCCCGGGUACCUACACCUUCCCCGCGACGACCAUCGUGGUGACGGAGACCACCACCGUCUGCGGCGGCACUCCCACCGAGGUCCCUAGCGGCACCCACACCCUCGGUGGUGUGACCACUGUCGUCGAGACCGCCACCACGGUUGUCUGCCCUGUGGCCACGACCGAGACCCAGGAUGGCGUUGUCACCAGCGUCAUCAAGACCACCACCUUCGUCUGCCCCUCGGCCGGCACCUACACGAUCGCCCCGAUCACAACCGUCGUGCCCACCGCCACCACGGUUGUCGUUCCCGUCGUGGAGACCUACUGCCCGGGCACCUACACCGCCCCUGCCGUUGUCACCACCGUCACCGAGACCAACGUGGUUGUCUACUGCCCGUUCACCUCGGAGAACCCCGAGCCCACCCUCCCCCCUGCUCCCACCUCCACCCCCGAGGAGCCCAAGCCCGAGCCCCCGGUUGAGACUGAGACUCCCACCCCGUCUCCGUCUCCCUCCCCGUCCCCUAUCCCGGGCCCUGGCCUCGGUAGCAGCGGUAAGCUGUGGGCCAUGACCUACACUCCGUUCGCUGAGACCGCCGACGGUGGCUGCAAGAGCGCCGAACAGGUCAUGGAGGAUGUUGGCAAGAUCGCCACCGCUGGCUUCACCACCCUCCGUGUCUACUCGACCGACUGCGACACCCUCCCCAACGUUGGUGCCGCCGCUCGUGCCCACGGUCUCCGCCUCAUCGUCGGCCUUUUCGUCGGCCAGGUUGGCUGCGACAACGGCAACCCGUCGAUCAAUGAGCAGAUCGAAGCCCUCAAGGAGUGGAAGGAGUGGGAUCUCGUCGACCUUUGCGUCGUCGGUAACGAGGCCCUGUUCAACGGCUUCUGCUCCGUCUCCGAGCUUACCAGCCUGAUUGGUCGCACCAAGUCGGAGCUCGCCAAGGUCGGCUACAACGGCCCCUUCACCACCACCGAUGUUGUUUCCGCCUGGACUGACAACGACGUCUCGUCCAUCUGCGAGGCCAUUGACGUCGUCGCCACCAACGCCCACGCCUACUUCAACUCGGCCACCGACCCCUCCGACGCCGGCAAGUUCGUCGCUGGCCAGCUGUCCAUCGUCGAGAAGGUCUGCGGCAAGCCCGGCUACGUGAUGGAGACCGGCUGGCCCUCGGCCGGUAAGUGCAACGGCAUCGCCUGCGCCGGCGAGGCCGAGCAGCGCGCCGCCAUCGAGUCCAUUGAGCGCGAGCUUGGCAACAAGGUCGUCUUCUUCUCCUUCCGCGACGAUGCCUGGAAGCAGCCCGGUGACUGCAACUGCGAGCAGCACUGGGGGUGCGCUAGCGUCUGGGGUCUCUAAGUUUCUUAACUUGAUCGUGGUCCGCGGGUUUCUCCCAUCCGCGGCCAGCUCGUCUGCCUCAAUCUUCUGAAUAUAUAAAAACAUGUUCAGCUGCCAGCUACCCUCGUCCCUGAUCUAAGCGUGUAUAUAUCCUACCAUAUCCCCUAUUGUUGGACUGCAAGCGAACAUAUACAUCCUUACCGGGCGAGAGCAAUGACAAAAGGCUGCAGUUGGCACCCACAGACGCUCAGGGCAGUGUGAUGGUGUCUUGUCUGGCAGAAGAGUUUAUGAUGUCGGCUAUGAUUGAUUUGACCGGGUUUCAUUGCGUUUCCCAUUCAUAAUGUUGUAAUUUAUUAAACCUAGUGUUCACGUUUCGAUCAAUUGUCGGGAACAAGUCCCCUUCGUCCAU